UACUCGUCGUAUCGCCGAUAUAGCCGUAGGCCCAGAAAUCAUGCAUCCAAUUCCUAAAUCAAAGAUCAUUUUACCAAUGGAUCCAGAUUCCCCGCUGAAUAGAGCUCAUCAGUGUGAGCGGAAAGCAGAGAGAAUGAUAAAUAAUGGACAUCAUGAUGCCGCUCUACACUGCUAUCAAAGUGCAUCUGAGUAUAUUGUGAAAGCCAUGGAGAAAACCAAAGAUGCAGGUGCUCUUCAUUCUCUGAGACUCCAGAAAGAAAACUAUGACAAGAUGCCAAAUCUUGUCAACAAGAGGAGACAACUUGAUGAGAAGAAAAUGAAUCUAGAGAAUGUUCAACUUGCUGUACCAAAGCCUGACAAGAACGGAGUUGCAGAAAAGCCGAGUGAGGUGGACGAAGAGAAAGCAGACGAUGUUGAUGGAGGGCAGGAAAAUGAUGAUGAGGGUUGCUUGAAGAGCAUGGAGCCAGUGUCCUGCAGAAUGCCAGGGGUUCUACAGGCAAAGGAAGAAGAAGGUAGAGGUAGAACUGAUAGCUUUGAGUCUCUCCCAUCUGUAGCAUCAGAAGACACUGAUUCUUUGCUGCAGUGUUUGAACGAGCACUCUGAACUUGAUAGGAAAGACUUGAGGACUUUUUACCGUCCUACAAAGGUUCUUCAAGCCUUAAGAGAGUUCGGUAGUGGGACUGCCAAACCAAGUCUGAAAGUGCAUUCUCCACACCAGCAACAGCAAGCAUGGAGAAAGAUGGAGGUAGAUGACAAAGUGCUUUUGGAGGAACUCUCAAUAAAGACCAUGGAGAUGAGGAAUCAUGUGGUGAAUCUAUUGGAACAGAUGGAGCGGUGUCAGCAGGAGAAUGACCACUUGAAGAACAAGGUCAAGGAACUCCAGCAGGAACUUGAAACACAGAAAAGUCAGUGUAGAGUACAGCAGUCAGUCCACCCUCCAACAGACUUCCGCAAUGAGUUCAGUGUUCCUUUCAGCCUAUUAGCACCCUCUGAAAAUGGAGUGUCAGAUUUAAAUUCAACACCAGGGAUAAUCAUUCCACAGACUCCACCUGCUCUUGCUCCACUAGAAAUGCCAAACUUUGAUGAUCAGUGAUAAUGCCAAUGUUGGUUGAGAGGAAGACCUGGGGAUGUUAAAGCUGUUCAUGUUAAAGCUACAAAUGACUUUCUAGACAACUAAAUGAUUGAGCUAAAUGAUAUAUCCCUGAUCCCUCUGUAACAUUCAAGAUUAUGUUCCAGUUGUGCCAAAGCUGUGUAAAAAAAACAUUCAUGAAGAACUCUAAGAAACACCACAUGGAAUAAUCUAGGUCAUGUAUUAAAGAUAUUACAGUCAUAAAUUUUCAGCCCUCUGAUCAACUUGCGCUACCCUCUAUGCUCAAGAAAUAAUACUCUCUUUAUAAUGGCAAAAUUUGAUGUGACAAUGUCAAAUCAACUUUUUCUGCUGUGCAAUUUACUUACAUGUAUGUGCCCAUGAGCUAAACACCAUGGGCAAAGUUUUUACCUGGGGACUGAAUAGUUUGUAUUUUCCCAGUUCACUAUUACCUGCAAAAAAAAAAAUUCAGUUUGUUGCUUUACAUUGCCGACAUAUAGCGUACAUGUACUUCCUA